UUUUGAUAUUCGUGCCUCUUUUUGUCGUUUAAUGCUUCACCUUCAUGUUGUACGGGGUUCACCUGUUCCAGCUGUAAGACAUGCACGUUUAUGGAGGGAUAUACCAGAGAAAGUUUUUAUAAAAAAAUAUCAUAGUUCAGCUUUAGAAUCUUAUAAAAACGAGAAUACUUCAAUGGAUUCUAAUGGGGGGCAUAUGCCUGUAAUUGAAUUUCAUCAAGAAAUUCUUGAAACUGUCCAAAAUUAUUUGUUAGAAUUAUGUAAUUUAAAUAAUGGACACCAACCAAUACUUGUUGAUUUGCCUGAAUAUGCUGACCAAAAUAGAUUAACAUAUGAGGUAAUUAAUUUAGCUAAAGCAUUAGCUCAAUUUGGAUUUUAUGAUUUUGAACAAAUGCUUGAAUUAACCCAAUAUUUAUUAAUUAUUGUAGAUAGCUGCCCUUCUCAAAAAGAGAAUAAUAAUUUAAUUAAUAAUAAUUCAAAAAUAAAAACACACACAAAAUUAAUUAGACAAAUAUCUAAAUUUACUUCAAUAACAACAAAAAAUGAUGAAGAAAAUAAUGAAAUUGUUAAAUUAAUAAAAAAUAAUCUUUCUUCUUCUUCUACACCAACAAUUAACGAUAACAAUAAUUAUUCAAAACCUCCCCCAAAUACUUUAGAAAUUCCAACAAAAACAAUAAUACAAAAACAAUUUAAUAAUAACACAAAAGAUUUAACUGAAGAUUCAACAAAUUCAAAACGUUCAAGAGAAAUGCUUUUAAAAACUAAAUUAAUUGUUGUUGAAUUAAUUGAUUUUAUUAUGGAUGUUAGAAGAGAUUUUCGAGUAACAAAAGCACUUUCAUUUUACAAAAAUUUGUUGUCUUCAUGCAAUGAAAAUGGGGAAAUAAAGGAAGCACCAGUUAUUUCAAAAGAAUUAAUUGAACAAUUAUCUCGUUCAGUAUUUAUUGACUCAGAAAAAGAAUUAGAUAUGGAUAAAUUUAAGGGUCAACAAUUAUUAAGAAUUUUACUUCAAAUGACGAUGAUAGAAGAUUUUCCUUUAUUAACUAGCACAGCUUUAAAAUUAUUGUUUAGACAUUUUAGUCAAUUUCAAGAAUUAAUUGAAGAUAUGAAACAAAUUCAAUUACUUGUAUCAAAUCAAGAUAUAAAGAAUUACCAUCAAGUAGACAGAGAUUUAUUUAUUUUAAAACAAUUAACUGAGAAAAGCGAACUUUGGGUACAUUAUGGGACACAGUUAGAAGGGUCUUCAACAACUAGCUGUUCUUCCCCCUCAAAUCCAAGUCAAGAUCGUUCAGACGAUGAUUUUAUACACGAAACAACUUUGUCUGUUCCUUCAAUUGAAACUUUACAAGAAAAAGUUUCGAUUGGUUUAGCUUCAAUUGUUAAUGGAGAACAACAACAACAACAAAAAUAUUUAAAAGAAACUUCUACAGGAAAUGAAUCCCCAACAACUAAAAGACGUAAAACUUUAAAAAGUAUUAGAAAUAGUGCUGGAAUAUUACAACAACAACAACAACAACAACAACAACAAUCACCACAAUCUGUUUGA